AUCUGAAACCCCAGUUGUUGAGAGAGAGAGGCAUUUUGUGUGUUCAAUCACUGUUUAGCGGCAUAGCCAUGGCUACUGCGAGGAAUGUGAAGGAUGUUUCGCCUCACGAGUUCGUCAAGGCUUACUCUGCUCACCUCAAACGAUCUGGCAAGAUGGAGCUUCCUGAGUGGACAGAUAUUGUGAAGACUGCAAGAUUUAAAGAAUUGGCUCCCUAUGAUCCUGAUUGGUAUUAUGUUAGAGCGGCUUCCAUGGCAAGAAAGAUCUAUUUGAGAGGGGGUCUCGGUGUUGGUGCAUUUCAGAGGAUUUAUGGUGGGAGCAAGAGGAAUGGUAGUCGUCCUCCUCAUUUCUGCAAGAGCAGUGGCGCCAUUGCUCGUCACGUUCUUCAACAGUUGCAGAGCAUGAACAUCAUUGAGACUGACGUCAAGGGUGGCAGGAGAAUUACAUCCAGUGGCCAGAGGGAUCUUGACCAAGUGGCUGGACGGAUUGUGGUUGCACCUAACUGCUGAGGACUACUAGUCAAUAUAACAUCUUAGGUUAAAUUUGUUUUGGGGAGAGAAGUGGUGACGCCAAAUUAUACCAAAAUUUUGGUUUUUAGCUGCCGAGUAUCUUUUAAAUUGGACAUUUAAUGUUGCUUUUAGUCUUUUAGAUGAUAUUUUGCUAAAUUUGAUUUUUCACUAUAGUUUUUCAAUCUUCCGUAGUGUCUGUCUAUGAACUAAAGUUUGAAGGUUAAGUGAGUUUUUCACUGGUUUAGGUAAGAGAAAGAUGGUUGCAAAGACAUUAAAGGGACAGAAUAGGUUUAAUGUGGUUGUCUAUCUUUUUACAUAUGUGUCAUGUGACAAAGUUAUGUGAUAGGAUUCUCUUACUAAUUAUGAAUAACGUGU